AUGGCUUCUCAGACAUCUCCGACAGCGGCGAUGCAUCCUCAUCAUGUUGUCCAGCAGGGUCGAGGCCAACCCAAUGGCCAUGUUGCCCUGCAGCCGCCUCAUCAACCAAAGCCAGCGUCGCAUUUCCUCCAGCAGGCAAACGAGGGUAUCUGGUUGCAGCUUGGAAGUGUCUCGGAAAUGAUGGGCGAGUACGAUAGCGCGACCCAGGCGUAUGAACGCGCUCUUAGCUUCAACAACCACUCGGUUCAGGCUAUGCUUGCUAUCUCAUGCAUCCUUAGGUCCAAGGAUCAAUUCCCUGCUGCCGUCGAGUAUCUUAAGCAGAUUCUACGUAUCGAGGUUGCGAACGGGGAGGUCUGGAGCGCUCUAGGCCACUGCUAUCUCAUGAUGGACGACCUCCAACAAGCAUACUCGGCAUACCAGCAAGCUCUGUACCACUUGCCUGAUCCCAAGGAACCCAAGCUCUGGUAUGGUAUCGGUAUCCUCUACGAUCGCUACGGCUCGCUCGAGCACGCCGAAGAAGCCUUUUCCCAAGUCAUGCGCAUGGACCCGCGUUUCGAGAAAGCCAACGAGAUCUACUUCCGCCUCGGUAUAAUAUACAAGCAACAACAAAAGUUCCAGCAAAGUUUGGAGUGCUUCAAAUACAUUGUCACCGACCCUCCCCGUCCGCUUAGCGAAGAGGACAUCUGGUUCCAGAUCGGCCAUGUGUACGAGCAGCAAAAAGAGUAUGACUCGGCCAAGAGCGCCUACAUGCGCGUGCUUGACCGCGAUCCCAACCACGCCAAGGUCCUGCAACAGCUCGGAUGGCUGCACCACCAGCAAAGCACCAGCUUCAGCAGCCAAGAGCAGGCAAUUGAAUACCUCGAAAAGUCGGUCAACUCGGACCAGACUGAUGCACAAAGCUGGUACCUCCUCGGCCGCUGCUACAUGUCUCAGCAGAAGUAUCCCAAGGCAUAUGAAGCCUAUCAGCAAGCCGUCUACCGGGAUGGUCGCAAUCCUACAUUCUGGUGCUCCAUCGGUGUCUUGUACUAUCAAAUCAACCAAUACCGCGAUGCACUAGAUGCUUACUCAAGAGCCAUCCGCCUCAACCCCAACAUCUCAGAGGUGUGGUACGAUCUCGGUACCCUGUAUGAGUCUUGCAACAACCAGACCAACGACGCUCUCGAUGCCUACUCCAGAGCUGCCGAGCUUGACCCGACCAACGUGCACAUCAAAGCUCGUCUCGCGCUGCUCAAGGGUCAGCCUACCAACGGUCUGCCCAACCAAGCAGGCGCACCCCUCCCUCAGGAUGUGCCUCCUCAGGCAUACCAGCCCGGUGCUCUGGGUGCUGGACCGCCUGCUCCUCAGUGGGGGGCUCCUCUCCCGGGCCAAGCUCAAGCUGCUCAGCAACCUCCCCCAGGCGCCAACUGGUCGCGUGACAACCGUCUCGCCGACCUCCAAAAUCCCCAGAACCCUGGUGCUCAGCCUCAGCAGAUGUUGAACCCGUACGAUUCGAGGGACCGCCUUGCUCAGCACGUGCCUCCUCGCCAGCCUACCCCUCCCAAGCAAGAGCCCAGACAAUACCAGGACCAACCUCAACGUCCACCUCCACCGGCUCACAGAGGCCUCUCGCCCUCCCCUAAGGUGCUUUACAACGCCCCGGGACCUGGCGCCUACCCUUCAGCACCCCAAGCUCAGACUCCUUCUCAGCUUCCUCAGCCUCUCCCUCAGCAGCAGGGACCUGCUCCCCCAAACCGUAUCGCCAACCCCAACUACGGUCCCCAAUCGUCUAGUGUACCUCCACCAGCGGCGAGCAUGGGUGCUCCUCCACCUGCUCAAGGUCAGGCUCCUGGUUACCCCAACAGGAUGGCUAGCCCUCCUGAGAUCCGUCCUAUCAUUGAGAGUCAAAACACCUCUCCCAACGGUAAGUUCGGUCGUCAGCCGUUCGAGCACCAUCCUACAUCCGGUACGCCUAGCAUUGCUGGAGGUGCCCCUCCGCCUAGCGCAGCUCUACAGGCUGCUGAAGCGGCCGCCAGAGAGCGCGAAGACCGUCCUUCGACUGCUCCUCCAAAGAGACAUAGAGAGUGGGAAGACGACGCUUCUAGCAUGAGCUCCCAGAAGAAGCCCGCCAACGAAGAGAGCCGCUCGCGUCUGGAUGACCCUAGCAGUAGACGUGCAUCACCACCAGAUCGCAUGGACCGUAUCCCGAAGUCGCCCUACAGGAGUCCAUCAGAGGUGCGACGCGCAGAUGACCAGCGACGCGCUACUGAAAACUACCACCCUUCAGAAGCUGCUCACCACCCACCGGCUCUCGGCCCACCUCAGGUUAAUCCUCAACCAUCACCUCGCAUCCCUACAACAGAGGAGCGUAGGGAACAGCCUACACCAGCACCCCCGACUCAACAGCUCCCUCCUCCUCAGCCUCAACCCCAACCUCCCACCCAGGCCCCGACACCUGUUCAGUCUCAGGCCCCGCCGCAGCCUCAACCUCAACAACCACACUUGGAGCCCGCGGCUCGCAAGAUGGACAUGGAUGAGGAUUACGAUGACAGUGGUGACGAGGAGAAGAGACCGAUCAAGGCCCAAAGCGCAAGGAACAGCCCGAAGCCUAGCAACGGUGCUGGUCACGAUUGA